ACGAGUUCAUUGAUUUCAAAACGUCAUUCAUGUUGGGCGCAAAUUCUUUCGCUUGCACAUUUUAAUAAAUUGUAAAUUAUUAUCAGUUCUAUUUGCUCUACAAAAUUGUUUCAGGCUUAAAUAGUGAAUUGUUUUGGCCUUCAUAAGUAAAAUGGCCUUAAUGAAUGACAAGGAAAACCUGUACAAUGGACUUAACAACGUACACAUCAAAUCUCCGGUUAAAAACAACGUAUUAGUGGAGCGUAACAACAUUGACAAAGACGAUACUAUGGAGGUAGUAAAAACAGAAGAAGCGACACAAGAAUUUGACCCGCAAUUGGAGCCCUUGCUGCGUGAGAACCCGCGCCGGUUUGUGAUCUUCCCGAUUCAGUACAAAGAUAUUUGGCAAAUGUACAAAAAGGCGGAAGCUUCUUUCUGGACCGUUGAAGAAGUUGACCUCUCAAAGGAUCUAUCAGAUUGGGAAAGCCUGAAAGACUGUGAAAGGCAUUUUAUCAAACAUGUCUUGGCAUUCUUUGCUGCUUCUGAUGGGAUUGUUAAUGAGAACCUUGUGGAAAGGUUCUCCCAGGAAGUGCAAGUGACUGAAGCUAGAUGCUUCUACGGAUUCCAAAUUGCCAUGGAGAAUGUACAUUCUGAAAUGUACUCAUUACUUAUUGACACUUACAUCAGAGAUCCUAAGGAAAGGGAUUUCCUGUUCAAUGCUGUUGAGACCCUCCCCUGUGUAAAGAAGAAGGCUGACUGGGCGAUGCAGUGGAUCGGCAGCAAGACCGCAACAUUCGGUGAAAGAAUAGUAGCAUUCGCGGCAGUUGAGGGCAUCUUCUUCUCUGGCAGUUUCGCAUCCAUCUUCUGGCUUAAAAAGAGAGGGCUCAUGCCCGGACUGACCUUCAGCAAUGAAUUGAUCUCCAGAGAUGAGGGCCUCCACACAGACUUUGCCUGCCUGAUGUUCAAGCACCUAGUCCAGAAGCCUUCCAAGGAGCGAGUGCUGACCAUCAUCAAGGACGCCGUGGUCAUCGAGCAGGAGUUCCUAACAGAUGCUCUGCCCGUCAGACUACUUGGAAUGAACUGUGAGCUCAUGUCCGAGUACAUCGAGUUUGUAGCCGACAGGCUACUCAUGGACCUCAAUGGUGAAAAGCACUACAACACAAAGAACCCAUUCAACUUCAUGGACCUGAUCUCGCUCGAGGGUAAGACCAACUUCUUCGAGAAGAAAGUGGGAGAGUACCAGAAGUGGGGGGUGAUGGCCAACCCUAAUGACAACGUCUUCACGCUGGACGCAGAGUUCUAAAUAUCACAUUUGACUAAAUGGCUGAUUUCAUUGGCUAAACUGGAAUUAAUAUAUUUAAUCGCACAGAGAGUGCAUUAAGAUACUGACUAGGAAUAAUUCACCCAGUUUAGUCAAUAAAAUCGGCAGACAGUAUUAUUUUUAGGAUAAUUGCCGACUGAAACCUCUUUACAUGUAUCAUGUAAUGUAAACCCAGUUUGAUUUGACUUAUUUUAUUGCAAUAAUUUUUGGAAUUAACUAUUAGCAGUGUAAGUAAUUAUCGGUCUUUCAGAUAAAGACGUUUCUACUUAUAAGUUUAAAUAAUAAGUGAUAAAGCUUUUACUAGGUAAUAAGGACAAAAGUUCGUACCGGUUGACCCGUGUGAUUGAGAUAUAAUGAUAAUAAAGUUCAGACUUUAUUUUGAAUACUUAUUUGAUAAUGCAAUAUAAAUAUUAUACAUACUUACUUAAAUAUUUUUAAUUUCUACACAUCAAGUACAAUAGUGCGUUAGCGACUUUUUUUAACGACAUUCAUUUGUUUUCACGAUACUUUGGACAUUUACUGUACGUUUUGUAUUAAUUUUAGUUUUUUUGCGGUAAUUUCUCGUAAUAAUUUAAGACGCACUAAGAAAUGGUGACUUAUUAUGAAAGGAAACGCUUUGUGUGAUAUUGAUAUCGUAAUAAUAUUGGGUACCUAUGAAAUAUUUGUAGCACAAUAAAUAUUUUUCACAAGA